AUGAAACAUACUGAACGGUCAAAGCUACAUCGUAAAUACCGAAGACGUUUGGAUUUUGACAGCGCCUCACGAAACGGAAGAGAAACAAUGGUGUCAAAGGACGAAAACUAUCAAGAAACAAUGGGCUCCGACAUUGUUGGCUUCUACGACGUCUCAAUGAUGAAUGAGCAUUACAACUGUAAAGUGUUGUGCCCACGCGGUAGCUCAGCUCAAUGUCAGAAUGGAGGCUAUCCAAACCCCAAUAACUGCUCGAUUUGCAACUGCCCAAGUGGGUACGGUGGUAAUCUUUGCAACGAAAGGCCUGAUGGAUGUGGAGAAAGUUUGAAAGCCGGCCCCGAUUAUACUCAGUUAGUUAGUUCUAUCGGAGACGGCACAACGAGAACAAAUAUCGACUUCGCCAAGUGUACCUACUGGAUUCAGGCACCAACAGGUACGCGUAUUGAAGUACGCAUAGACAGUCUUCAGGGAUACACAAUCGAUGGAUGCAUUUAUGGGGGAGUGGAAAUCAAAGCUCAUCCGGACCAGCUACGAACGGGAUAUAGGUAA